AUGCAAUCAUUCGUGUUGCAAGCGAUACUUGUUUUACUUUUAAUUACAUUCAAUGUCCAAUCGUUUGAUAUCAAUGAUGGUAGUGUAACCGAAUAUUUACCAUUGCCUGCUGAUGAAAAGUGCCCGUAUAAGGAUACUGUGGACCUAUCUCUAAGGAAGCCAUUUGUAAAUGGCUCAUACGAAUAUCAAUAUGCUUUGAUACCACCAGACAUGUUGGCCACCUACAAUUAUCGCCUUAAGUUCCAAAAUUCUGUACAUGCAACCGAUCUACACGUAAGAGGAUGCGUUUGUAGUCAGCGGCGGUACUGUGUUAAACUUUGUUGCAUAGAUAACCACUUUUACAAUCAAACUUCCUUGCAAUGUCAGAAACUUCCAGAAGACUUUCAAAUGCCCACCGAGAUCGAGAUUAGCAUGGACAACGGUACACAGGACAUGGUGAAAAUAGUACAACACUUCAUUCCGCAAGUUGGGCAACCUUGCGAAAUGUUGGAAAGCCUUUCUUUAAAAACGGAUAAAUGGCAAUUGCAUGAGGACGGACAAUUGCAUAUUCUAAAUGAUAAUUCAAUCCUCGAUGUUGUUAGCUACUGCCUGACACCGUACAAGGCUGAGGGGGCCAAUGAAAGUGUCUUUAUGGCCAUGACGUGCCCUAUACCGAAUGAUACCAGCUUUAGCAUGCUUUUGUCUUUGAUAUUUUUAAUACCCACUUUAUUGGUUUAUUUGAUUUUACCUAAACUCCGUAGGCGACCGACUACGGUAAUUUUUGUUUGCUACAGCAUAUCACUCAUGGCAUGCUAUUCCCUCUUUUGUUUCAUCAACAUUUCCGAAUGGACAUUUGAGUUGUCACCUUGCAGAAUUUUGGGAUUUUCCCUUUACUUUUUUUUUGUUUCCACCUAUACUUGGCUAAAUGUGAUGGGCUUCGACACUUAUGCCAGUCUAACACAAGUUGUCCUUGUCAGGCAGAACAGAAAACGUAUCAUUUGGUAUUGUUUGUAUGGCUGGGGCGUACCAUCUCUGCUGACACUCAUCACGAUGUGGUGCCAAGAUUCUGAAUUGAUUGCUGAUCUCUAUAAGCCCGACAUUGGAGAGGACGUUUGUUGGUUAAAUACCGAGAAAUGGGCAGCUGCAAUGUAUUUCUAUGGCCCCAAUUCAAUUUUGAUGUCGUUAAAUGUUGCUGCAUUUAUCCAAGUAUAUUGGUACAUUCGAAAAAACGGCCAGACACUGAAGGAGAAUUGUGCAACAACGUCCAAUAGCAAUGCCUUAGCUGUUUUCCGCCUUUUCAUCUUAAUGGGCAUAUCAUGGAUUAUGGACAGUGUUUCGUUUUUCUUACGUCACGUUAGUAUUGCGGAACCACUCUUUAUAAUGACGGACUUUUAUAAUUCCAUUCAAGGCCUACUUAUCUUUAUAUUCUUCGUUUUAAAGAAAAGUACACUAAAAUAUCUAUGGAACAGUAUUGUUAAAGUCGUAAACCAUUGCAAACCCACUCCAAGGAAGAAAUAUCUACAAGAUCCGCAGAAACCGAAAGAGAUUCACACAAUGAUUUGGGAUGAGGAUAUGCCCUUGCAGUAUCCUGUAUCUCAUAAGGGAUAGCUCACAAGAAGUGUUACCAAUCCAAGGCACAAUUAUUAAUCAUCGAAUAUCACUUUUUUGUUUUCCAAAAUA